GUUACACGGAUCCAUGUUACUUUCAGCAGCUGCAGUGCCCGAAUAGCGUGGAGAUCAAGUAGUAUACUAACACGCGUCGCGUCGCUACAAUUUCUUGCAUUAUUUUUGUGCUACUUCGUGAUAUUCGAACUAUAAACAUAUAAAAAGUCUACUGUAAACCGAUACAGGGAAAAAAACAUGAAGAGCUUCGCUAUUCCUCUGGUUACUCUCGUUUUUGCGUCUGUCGCAUUCGCCGAGACGUGCCAAAAACCACAGGUUACCGCUUCGGCAUACGUCACCGAAGAUGCAACUAUUCUUACAAACGUCGCCUUCACCACACAAUUCACGUUGAAAUGUAGUAACGGCGCCAAGGAUAUCUCGCUCUAUGCUGAAGUUGAUGGUAAAGCAUUGCCUGCUGUGAGGUUGAGCGCCGACAACAAGUACCAGGUUUCCUGGACGGAAGAUGUAAAGAAGGCACGUUCUGGCGACUACAGCGUUAAACUUUAUGACGAGGAGAGUUAUUCCGCUAUUAGGAAAGCUCACAGGAAUGGAGAAGAUCCAGAGAGUGUUAAGCCACUGGCAGUUGUGAUGCUCAACAACCCUGGUGUUUAUCAAGGUGCCUGGAUACAUUCGGAACUCCUUGCAGCGCUUUUAGCGGGACUUGUCUCAUACGCAGCAUUCUCCACCAAAUCAAAACUCCUAGCGUGAAUCAAGAUAACAACGAGCAUUGAUGCACACAUGUGCAGCUUCGAAACUCGCUAAUUCUUUUGUUUCACUUGUAAGACUCAUUCGUUUGAGUUUUAUUUCAUCACUUGAUUCAUGUCUGUUGACUCGUUUUUGAGUCCACCAAACAACAGGAAUAAUAAAUUUACUAUUUAUAUGAAAAGAUUGAAAGUAA